ACUGAUACAAGAAUUUUUAUGGAAGAAAAGAAAAGCAAAGUGGCCCUACUUGCAACAAACAAGAAAGUACGCCGCGAAGUCGCUCGAAACGGAUAGUAGUGUAUCGGUAUCAGCUAGGAAGUAACCUUCUCAGACCCCACAGCAUCUCCUGCCGUAGAGAGAGAGAUUAGAAUGUCGGAAGAGAAAUUCCUUCUCUCUGAUUCCCUCAUUCCUCGCCUUCAACAGACUCUACUUACAUGCUCUCAAUUGAUUGAUGCCGGUGACUUUAGCAAUUCCAAUGAAUUAGUCGAUUUCCUUUCUCCGAUCUCCGUCUCAGUAGUAGAAGAAACAUCAAACCCGGACUUAGAGAGGACAUCAUUCGAGAUUCUUACUGAAAUUGAUUGUUUCAUAAGUUCACCUUCGAGAAACCAGGAAGUUAUUGAUGCUUUGUCGUUUGAGUUGCCCAAGGUAGUAUGUAAAUUUGCAUGUGCAUCUAAAAGAUGCUCGGAGAUUGCCGAACGUGUUGUUGGGCAUCUAGUUAGUAUGUGUUCUCCGCGUGAAAUGCUAUCAAUUCUUUGCGAGGCGUUAAGUCUCCCAAGUGAAAUGUUCAGGGUUCCUUGCUAUUUUGCUCCUCUUAUUGGUGGUCUUGCAAAAGUUGUAAUACUCAUCAAAAGGCGGCAAUUUGAGCAAGUGAAAGCUGCAGUUCCUGUUAUUCUUGGUGUUUUAAAGUCUGUGUCCUUAGAGGCAUAUGAGGAAGGCACAGACACUGAGGACUUAUUCCUCAACGCAUUUGCUCUUGCAGAUUCAAUACAGGCUGUUUGCAAAAAGUUGGACCAGAAAGAUAAGAAAAAACUCUCUGCUUUAUUGGGCUUGUUUGUCUUGCAAGUCAUGGGUCUUGUUUCAAUUGCAAUGGGGCAUAAUGUUUCAAGUCUUCUUCCGAUUGUGCUACACCUGUCACAGUUUCUUCCAAUCUGUGGUUUAUCAUAUGAGGGAUUAAUUACUGGACAUGAUGUAGAUAAGUUCACAACCAUAUGUGGAGAUGAUGGGGACGAUAGCAUGGCUUACUUUUCUCAUGUCAAGCCUGGUGGAUCACUUGCAGUAAUCUGGGGUUACAAAUCCAAUGAAACUUCAGUGGCUGCCAAUGCAGAUUUUGAAGCAGUGAAAAAUGAACUUCAAAAGAACCAGACUAAACGAUGGCAGGCAAUAGGCAUGUUAAAGCAUGUCUUCUCAAGUGUCGACCUAUCAUGGGAAUUGAAAGCACACGCUCUUGAUUUCCUGCUUUGCAUUAUGGAUGGAUGUGUGCAACAAGAAAUUCAAAGUGAUAAUAUAGACCACUCCACAUAUAUGCCUAUUCUUUAUACGACAUUGCAGGCGAUUGAAAUGGUCAUUAUAUAUGCACCAGAUGCUGUUCUGCGGAAGAAAUCUUUUGAUGCCCUGGUGAAGGUACUUGCAGACGUUCCAAGUUCUUUUAGGUUUGACAUCUUAAAGGCUUUAAUACAGAAUAGCGAGUCUUCUUCUAUGAUUGCAAUCCUCUUAGAUUGCGUCAGAAGGGAACUGCAUGAGGAACAUAGUAGAAGCAUCUUGGUAACAAGUGGAGUCCCAGAGGCAAAGGUGAAAUAUUCAGAGUGUCUCUCUUUUUGGAGUGCCGGUGUUCUGGAAUUAGUAGAGCUGGUUCUAAAGCCUCCAAAUGGUGGUCCUCCAUCCCUUCCUGAAUACAGUGAUGCAGUUCUAUCAGCUCUCAAUCUAUAUCGGUUCGUCGUGAUCAGAGAAUCAACAGGAAAAACUAACUGUACUGGAGUGCUCUCUAAGGACAUGUUGCAGACGGCUUACAACGUAUGGCUUCUACCUUUGCGUAUGUUAGUUACAGGAGUUGUGGCAGGAAACCAACAGGAUCAUGACCAACUAGCGCCGGACACAAUAUGUGCCUUGAACCUUAUUGAGGAAAUGUGCUACGGCAAGAAAAGAGAUAGCUUGUGCUGAAAACACCAAGCACAAAAGAACUUAGAUGGGCUAUUGAAACUCCGAAAAACCAUCGCCUUGAGUAUCAAUCUUUAAAUAGAAUGUCCUAGUUCCAAAAUUGAAGCGACAGAGAAAUUGAUGGGUCGUUAGACCUCUGAUGGACCGUCGCCUUGAGUGCCCAUUUACUAUAUAUAACCAUUCUUAGGGUUUAUUUCGAUAUCUUACAUUUUAGGGAGAAUACCAAUAUUAUUCUUACAAUAAUUUUGGAUUUUGAAGCUAUCAAACUUGGAAUUUAAAGACAAUUAAGUUCUUGAAUUUAUCUUUGUAACAUUAUUCUUCAUUUAUGAAUUGUAUUGCUUUAUUUGAUUCAAAA